AUGCAAGCAGAAAGAAAUCAGCCCAGUAUACAAGCAGAAAGACCUCAACCAAAGCAAGCUGAAAGAAUUCAACCAAAUAGACAAGCUGAAAGGGCUCAACCUGCCAAGGCAACUGCCAAAUUUCCGUGGACAGCAGAUGCGUGGAGAGCGUUGCGAGACGCAUUUGGAUUACAAUCCUUCCGACCAAAUCAAGAAGAAGUGAUAAAUGCUACAUUGGGAGGUUAUGACGUCUUUUGUCUUAUGCCUACAGGUGCCGGUAAAAGUUUGUGCUACCAACUUCCAGCCAUCGUAGAGUCGGGGAAAACAAGAGGAACGACAAUUGUCAUUUCUCCUCUGCUUUCUUUAAUCACAGAUCAAGUUGUCCAUCUUGUUCAACGAGGUAUACCAGCCUUGAGAAUCACCGGUGACAUGGAUGCAAAUGUACGCACGGAAGCAUUACGAGAAAUUCACAAUCCAAGAUGCGACCCUCCUAGACUGAUCUACCUCACGCCAGAAUUUAUGAACAAGUCGCCAGCUGCGAAGAAUGUAUUGGCUGAUUUACACAGGAGACGUCUUUUGGCACGUUUUGUGAUUGACGAAGCACAUUGUUUGAGUCAAUGGGGUCAUGAUUUUCGACCAGAUUACAAACAGAUGGGAGCCCUUCGUGAUGCAUAUCCAGAUAUUCCGUUCAUGGCUCUGACUGCAACAGCAACACCACGUGUUAUUAAAGAUAUUGUCUCGAAUUUGAACCUUGAAUCCCCUCGACUGAAGAGAUUUACCCAAUCUUUCAACCGUCCCAACCUGCUUUACGAGGUACGACCAAAAAAGGCAGGAGACAAAUGCGUAGAUGAAAUAGCAGAAUUCAUUCAAACCAAUCACAGCAAUCAAUGUGGUAUUAUUUAUUGUACAAGUAGGGCUGUCUGCGAAGACAUAGCAAGCAAAUUACGAACUAGGCACAAUGUCAUGGCUCAACACUACCAUGCUGGAGUGGGAAAAUUGGACCGUGAGCGCAUCCAGACGAACUGGCAGAAGAACAUUUUUAAAGUGAUUGUGGCCACUAUUGCAUUCGGUAUGGGAAUCGAUAAACCAGAUGUCCGAUUCGUCAUCCAUCAUUCUUUACCUACAUCUCUGGAGGGAUACUAUCAAGAAACGGGAAGAGCGGGAAGAGAUGGAAAGCAAUCGAGUUGCAUAUUCUUCUAUCGUUACUCAGAUUCAAAUUAUCUCAUGAAGCUGGCAAGGGAAGAUGGCACUUCUGCUCAACAAAAAGAGCAGCGCGAAGCUAACUUGCGACAGGUAAUUGACUAUGCAUCCAACGAAACAGACUGUAGACGGCAGUUGGUUCUACGAUACUUCAACGAAAACUUUGACCCGGCCAAUUGUCAUAGAGGUUGCGAUAAUUGUAAAAAGAGAGAUCCAAGAUCUCACGGAGCAAUCGAAGAUAAUCGUCAACCGGAAGAUGUGACGGAGAUGGCAAGAGUGAUUGUCGACAUGGUCAAGGUGAUGUGUCAAUCUGACGGCUGUACCACCAUUAGAGCUAUAGCCACUCUGAUGGGAUCGAGAAGUAGAAAUAUCGUCGAUAAAGGCUUCGAGAAUCUACCUCAGCAUGGGAGAGGCGUCACAUUCGGAAGGAACAAUACCAACCGCUUGGUACGUCACCUGUUAUCUGAAGACUAUCUGAGAGAGGAAUUCGUUACGGUCGCCGGCAAGUUUGUAGUUGCGUAUCUGAAG